AUGACUACGGUUAAUGAUUAUUUCAAGGAUAAUUUUGGUCACUUAGAGGAAGCAGAAGCAGUUGCAGAAGAAAACUUGAUUAAGUGGCAAUGCCCAAUGUCCCCUUACGUUAAAAUUAACUUUGAUGGUUCGGUUUCAAACUAUGUGGCAGUCGGAGGCUUCGUUAUUAGAAAUUGGGAUAACAAACCUAUCCUCGCUGGAGCGAUGAACCUAGGCUCUGUGACCAUCAAUGUUGUCGAGGCUCUAGCUUUACGUGAAGCGUUGAUCUGGGCUAGGAGGAGGAACUUGAAAUACGUGUUUAUGGAACGUGACUCAAAGCUUGUCAUUGAUGCGGUUCGUGGUGCUUCUGAUGUGCCUUGGAACUUAAGAUCCAUCAUUGAAGACAUCAGGUGGUGCGCUACAAAUUUCCAGGAUAUCAAGUGGAGGCAUAUCUUUAGGGAAGCAAACUUUGUUGCGGAUGCCAGAGCUUCUGUUGGGUUUUAA